AUGGCAAAGUUCGACUACCAGCACCAACUCAUCCCCUCCUUUGGUCUGCCGAACCCGGAGCACCCCGAGCGCUGGGAGGAGUUCAAGACGCGUGUGCAGGCGCUACACGAGGACCGGAAGCGGAAGAACGGGCUCGUGAAGGUGCUCUACGUGGGACGGCACGGGCAGGGGUGGCAUAACGUCGCACUGGCAAAAUACGGGAGGGAGCUCUGGGAUGGGAAGUGGGCAGCUUUGGAAGGGGACGGCGAGAUCGUCUGGGGCCCCGAUCCAGAGCUCACUCCGCAAGGAAUCCAAGAAGCGAAGAACGUCAACUCUGCAUGGGCGAAAGAGCUGCCGGAGGGGAUGCCUCUCCCCCAGCGGUGGUUUGCGAGCCCAUUCCAGAGAGCGAGUAACACACUUAGGAUCACGUUCGACGGGCAUGUGGAGGAUCCCAAGCCUCUGAUUAUCGAGGUGCGCUUUCAGCUUAGCCUACCGGAAUUGCGCGAGAUGAUCGGCAUGCAUACGUGCGACAAGCGCUCCCCGAAACGGACCAUCGCUGAGCGUUUCCCGACUUUCGACUUUGAGGAAGGGUUCGCGGAGGAGGACGAGCUCUGGCUGACACAUCAGCGGGAAACCGAGGAGGAGAUGAUCAUUCGCGCUGCUCGCGGGUUGGACAAGAUCAUGGAGCUUACGGAUGCGGACGACGUCUACAUUUCCAUUUCCGCGCACACAGGUAUCGCGCGCGCGCUCAUGGCAGCGGUCGGCCACCGACGAUACGAUCUGCCGACGGGUGGGGUUUUACCGAUGGUUGUUGCCAUCUCCGGGUGCUGA